AUGAAAAUAAACCAAAUCAAGAAACAGCUAGACCAGCUCAUUCCACACAGACUCAUGUUCUCUCACAUCAACACUACCACAAGUGCCGCCCACAGUGUGGCCAAAAUCAUCAAUCCUAAGACCACCUACUGUAGAGGGGAUCAGCUAGAUAUUCUCCUGGAGGUGAGAGACUACUUAGGACAAAGAAAAGAAUAUGGAGGGGACUUCUUAAGGGCCAGGAUUUCUUCUCCAAAUCUGAAAGCAGGAGCUUCAGAAAGAGUGACUGACUUCGACAAUGGCACCUACCUUGUCAGCUUCACUUUAUUCUGGGUGGGCAGAGUCUCUAUGUCUCUUCUGCUAAUACACCCUAGUGAAGGGGUGUCUGCGCUCUGGAGAGCAAGGAAUAAGGGCUAUGUUAAGGUGAUUUUCACAGGCCAGUUUGCCAAUGGCACAUCCCAGGUCUUCAGUGAAUGUGGCCUGGUUCUAAACACACGUGCCGAACUGUGCCAGUACCUGGACCACCGAGACCAAGAAGCCUUCUACUGUGUGAAACCUCAACGAGUGUCCUAUGAUGCACUGGUCCAGAUGAAAUCUAAGAAUAAGCAAGUUUCUUAUCUUAGCAGCCUAGAGAAAAGCCUCUUUUUCAGGUUCAAUGUAGGAGUGGAGAUUUUGAACAGCUUUAAUCCCAUCGUGUCUCAGUGUGUAACAGUAAGUCAAACAAUGUCAUUAAAAAGGAAAUGCAAAUUUGGGGACUGGUCUCUGGUCUCCACUGGCUAUGUAUGGAAUAACACAUGGAAUCUGGUCUCCCGCAAUUUGUCUUAUUUCCACACUGAGACCUAAAUGAAUGUUUGUUUGAAGGGAAAGCUCAUUUAUAUCCUGGGAGACUCCACAACCUAUCGGUGGAUGGAAUACUUCAAGAUAGAGAUUAACACAUUGAAAUCUGUUGACCUCCAUGUAUUUGGGAAACUCUGUCAUCAACUUGUUGUGGACUUGGAAAGGAAGAUCUACAUUCAGUGGCAAAGACAUGGCUACCCUUUGGUUGGCUCAAUUAGCUAUUCAGCAAAAGACAAUGAGUACCUGGACCGUGCCAUAGACAGAAUAGCAGGGUACAGAAACAACAGUUUUGUCUUUUCUCUGGGCCAGCACUUUAGGUUUUUCCCCAUUGAUAUCUUGAUUCAACGGGCCAUCAAUGUUCAUAAUGUCAUUAAACGUCUAUUCCAGAGAAACCCAGAGGCAAGAGUGAUCCUCAAGGGUGAAACUACCAGGGAAAUUAAUAAUGAUCCUGAGUGACUUAGUGACUUUCAUGGCUAUAUACAGUCUUUGGUUUUGAAAGACGUCUUCCAGGAUCUUGCCAUAGGUGUCAUUGAUGCCUGGGACAUGACCUUUGCCUACGGCAUUAAUGAAGUCCAUCCACCUGAAUAUGUAGUUGAGAAUCAGAUUAACAUGUUCUUAAACUGUAUUUGCUAG